UCCCGGGGAGGGGUGGGGCUUGGGUGCGCCCCCGCUUCCCCCCGCCCAACAGACCCCUCUGUAUGGCUCCUGCGUGGCGGCGAGAGGCCUCCCGUGGGCGGGGGAGGAGCCCCGCUUGCGCGGAACGGAGUCCCCGGCCAGGUGUGUCACCGCGAAAGGAGUCCCCCGCGGCUCAGGCAGGGAGGGAGGCCGGCUGCGUGCGGCGGGGCCCGCGGACUGGGCGCAGGGAGGAUGGACGCCUCUCUGGAGCAGCGCCUCAGGGAAGCGGCGGCGCGGGGCGAGCUGGAGGAGGUGCGGGCGCUGCUGGGCCUCGGGGCCGGGCUGGACGCCCCCGACGGAGACACUGGCUGGACAUGUUUGCACUGGGCUUGCAAACAGAACCACACUGAAGUGGUUGCUUAUUUGCUGGAUUCUGGAGCCAAUAAGGAGAUUUUCACCAUUAAUGGCGAGCUGGCAGCACAUUUAACUUCAAAGAAAGAAAUCAGAAAGCUUUUAGGAGUGGAAGAAUGUCACAGUCAAGAAGUGGACGACUCAAAAUGGCAAUUCAGUGAAAAUGAUCUGUUUACUGACAAGGAAGAAAGGGAUAGUGCUCUUGAUGCCCCAGCACCAUCAGAGCUGAACAGCAUUGUCGUCACUUCCUUAUCUGAGGGUAGACCCAACCUUUGCUCAUCAGCAACUCAAGCUGAAGAUGUUUGCACAGCCAUCUCUUUGCAGAGUGGAGACUACAGUGAAGGGGACUUGCCUUCUUCUAUCAGCGCCGGAGCCACAGCAUUCACAGCACCUACAGCCCAGGACUGCCCUGCUUAUCCCUCACCUGCAGGUCACAAUGGAGUCCUUUUUAGCUUGGCUCCACCUCAACAUGUACCUCAGCAAGGCAAUGGCUCAUUCACAAGCACUACACAGCCCUUACAGCCACUGUUUCAUGCAGGGAACUUCCCAUGUAAUACACAAGAAUUGGUGCUUAAAGUAAGAAUUCAGAAUCCUAAGGAUAAUGACUUCAUUGAAAUUGAGCUGGACAGAGAAGACUUGACGUACCAGGGCCUGCUCAGAGUGAGUUGCUGUGAACUGGGCAUUAAUCCUGAACAAGUGGAGAAGAUCAGAAAGCUACCCAAUACGUGCGUAAGAAAGGAUAAAGAUGUCACCAGGCUUCAGGAUUUUCAAGAACUGGAACUAGUAUUGGAGGAAAACACCAGCUCAUUCAGAAACGCAGUGAUACCAACAAUGGACAAACCCUGCUACAACACUAAAGCCGCAAAGCUGACAUAUUGAAAGCUAACAAAAUACAUUUAAAACUUUACAUUCUUGUUAAUUAAUUUUUACUAGUGAUUAUUUUGAUAUACCUGUAUUUCCCACUAGGAUACAUUUUAAAUCGCUAGUCUUACUUGAGUGGAGGUAAAGGUCCAAACAUCUGAAGCACAUUUAUAAUAGCUUUUCAUGUGAUGUUGUCAAAUGUACAAGCAGAGACAAAAAAAGUUCCUUUGUGGAAGAAAACUAGGUACCCCCUUUUUCCCUCAGGCAACUGCUCCCUGCCCCAAAUUUGUUGAGCAGCGUGAUCUUCCUGAGAUUCCAUGUUAAAUACAUUUCCAUUUUGCAAGUAGAUGUCCACUGUAAUAGUAGUAGAAUGUUAAGUAGCUUUUUUGUGUCAAUAACACAAAGACUGACAAAAUCAUUGAAAACAAAACUUUAAAAGUGAAGAUCCUCUUUUUUCCUGAUAAUCACAGUACCAAGAACUGUAACAUUAUAAACACACCUUUAGUUUCCCCAUUGUCAUUAAUUUCAGGAAUGUGAUUGAGAGUUAACUGUGAUACAAAGUUACGGUAACUUUUUGUAAGAAAAACAUAUCCUAAGCAUUUUCUCCCACUACCUUGUGUACCCCAACCAAGUUUAUUGUUGUAUACAAUUUAAACCUCAGCAG